AUUGCCCUGAAGAGACUGGCGGCACCAAGGAUGUGCAGGUUACAGACUGCAAGAGUCCCGAAGACAGCCGACCCCAAAAAGAGACGGGCUGCUGCAAUCCGGAGGACUCUGGGCAGCUGAUGGCUUCCUAUGAGGGUAAAGCUAUGGGCUACCAGGUGCCUCCCUUUGGCUGGCGCAUCUGUCUGGCUCAUGAGUUUACAGAGAAGAGGAAACCCUUUCAAGCUAACAACGUCUCCCUAAGCAACAUGAUAAAGCAUAUAGGCAUGGGCUUGAGGUACCUGCAGUGGUGGUACCGGAAGACCCAGGUGGAAAAGAAGACACCUUUCAUCGACAUGAUCAAUUCUGUACCCCUAAGACAGAUUUAUGGUUGUCCUUUGGGUGGCAUCGGGGGAGGCACUAUUACCCGUGGCUGGAGAGGCCAGUUCUGUCGUUGGCAGCUUAACCCUGGAAUGUAUCAGCACCGGACAGUCAUCGCUGACCAAGUAAGAGCCAGGAGGUGGAGAGGCCAGGACAAUACCUCCCCAGGCCAAGAAGGAAGGACCUCUUGGCUAGUGUAGGAGGUAGCAGUUAGAUGUGAAUAAGAUUCAAUCUAAUAAGUACUCUCAGGAUGCUUCCUGUGUGCCCAGCCCUGAGCUAGGAUAUACUGUAGGAAUAAGACACACACAAGCACACAUUCCUUGAAAGAGUAAACAGACCUGGCAUUUCUCUAGUAAAUGCCUCCUGUCUACCUCACCGUCCCAACCCAACUAGCUGAGGCAGCCUCCAACCACAGAGAAUGCAGAGAAUUCCCAAAUCACUUAACCUGGCUGAAAGAACAUUUGGUAGGACUGGAAGGGAAAAGAAAACCCAAAGUCUAUAAACUCAUGGGAAAAAAAGACAUGUAGUACAAGGUUCCUCACCCUGAUUGAGGAACCUUCACCAAAGUUCAGCUCCUCUGCUGAUCACUCCCCUGGAGGUCUCUCUGGCUUAGGGUCUAAAAAGCUCCUUCUCUCCUAGGCUUAGAUCUCCAGCCUUCUUCCCUCUUCUGAAGCUUCACUUUUUUCCUUUUGCUCCUGCAUCACAUCUGGGCCUUAAAUUGCCAGAAGUAUGUGGCUUGCCUUUCAUCAUAUCUCUCUAGUUGACCGCCCCUUUAGAGUUGUCUAGGAAGUUCCUCUUUCCUGGCUUCAGCAUUCAGCCUCAUCUUCAAAGGAAAAAUGACUAGCAAAUCUUUAGUCCAAUUAAUGGCAAUGCCCUUCCUGGUUCACGUUUACCAGCCCUGCCCAUGUCCCAAGAUCCCUCUCUGCCUCAUCCCUUAGGUAUCCUGAGGGGAAUGGCUUCCGGAAUUCUGACUCUACAAUUAAAGUAAUUAUUGCAUGCUUAACAUGUGCUAGACACUGUGCUAGGCUCUUUGUAUACUGUUUAAUAUUAAAAACAAUCCUACAAGGGAAGUACCACUAUUAUGCUCAUUUUGCAGAUGAGGACACUAAGAUCCAGAGAGGUUUAGUAACAUGCGCAAGGUCACAAGUUCACAGUGUGCCUGCGUCGGGAAGGGCAGACUGUGUACCAGCAAGUCCUGUCCCUGGAGCGCCCAAGUGUCCUCCGCAGCUGGAACUGGGGCCUGUGUGGGUACUUUGCUUUCUACCACGCCCUCUAUCCCCGAGCCUGGACUGUCUAUCAGCUUCCUGGCCAGAAUGUCACCCUCACCUGCCGUCAGAUCACACCCAUCUUGCCCCAUGAUUACCAGCAGCCUGCCUGUAGGAGUCUUUGUGUGGGACGUGGAAAAUGAAGGGGACGAAGCUCUAGAUGUGUCCAUCAUGUUCUCCAUGCGGAAUGGACUGGGGGGUGGAGAUGAUGCCCCAGGGGGUUUGUGGAAUGAGCCCUUCUGUCUGGAGCGUGGCGGGGAAACUGUCCAGGGGCUGCUGCUGCAUCAUCCAACCCUUCCAAACCCCUACACGAUGGCUGUGGCUGCACGAGUCACGGCAGAUACCACGGUAACCCACAUCACAGCCUUUGACCCUGACAGCACGGGGCAGCAGGUGUGGCAGGAUCUACUUCAGGAUGGACAGCUGGACUCUCCCACUGGCCAAAGCACCCCUACGCAGAAAGGUGUAGGCAUUGCUGGAGCUGUGUGUGUUUCCAGCAAGUUGCAACCUCGAGGCCAGUGCCGCCUGGAGUUUUCACUGGCUUGGGACAUGCCCAGGAUCAUGUUUGGAGCUAAAGGCCAAGUCCACUACAGGCGGUAUACAAGGUUCUUUGGCCAGGAUGGAGAUGCAGCACCUACCCUCAGCCACUAUGCACUGUGCCAAUACCCAGAGUGGGAAGAGAGGAUCUCAGCUUGGCAAAGCCCGGUAUUGGAUGACAGAUCACUGCCUGCCUGGUACAAGUCUGCGCUGUUCAAUGAACUAUACUUCCUGGCUGAUGGAGGCACAGUAUGGCUGGAAGUUCUUGAGGACUCCCUACCAGAGGAGCUGGGCAGAAACAUGUGUCACCUCCGCCCCACCCUACGAGACUACGGUCGAUUUGGCUACCUUGAGGGCCAGGAGUACCGCAUGUACAACACAUAUGAUGUCCACUUUUAUGCUUCCUUUGCCCUCAUCAUGCUCUGGCCCAAACUUGAGCUCAGCCUACAGUAUGACAUGGCUCUGGCCACUCUCAGGGAGGACCUGACACGACGACGGUACCUGAUGAGUGGGGUGAUGGCACCUGUGAAAAGGAGGAACGUCAUCCCCCAUGAUAUUGGGGACCCAGAUGAUGAACCAUGGCUCCGUGUCAAUGCAUAUUUAAUCCAUGAUACUGCUGACUGGAAGGACCUGAACCUGAAGUUUGUGCUGCAGGUUUAUCGGGACUAUUACCUGACGGGUGAUCAAAACUUCCUGAAGGACAUGUGGCCUGUGUGUCUAGCUGUGAUGGAGUCUGAAAUGAAGUUUGACAAGGACCAUGAUGGACUCAUUGAAAAUGGAGGCUAUGCAGACCAGACCUAUGAUGGAUGGGUGACCACAGGCCCCAGUGCUUACUGUGGAGGGCUGUGGCUGGCAGCUGUGGCUGUGAUGGUCCAGAUGGCUGCUCUGUGUGGGGCGCAGGACAUCCAGGAUAAGUUUUCUUCCAUCCUCAGCCGGGGCCAAGAAGCCUAUGAGAGACUGCUGUGGAAUGGCCGCUAUUACAACUAUGACAGCAGCUCUCGGCCUCAGUCUCGUAGUGUUAUGUCUGACCAGUGUGCUGGACAGUGGUUCCUGAAGGCCUGUGGCCUAGGAGAAGGAGACACUGAGGUGUUUCCUACCCCACACGUGGUCCGUGCUCUCCAAACUAUUUUUGAGCUGAACGUCCAGGCCUUUGCAGGAGGGGCCAUGGGGGCUGUGAAUGGGAUGCAGCCCCAUGGUGUCCCUGAUAAAUCCAGUGUGCAGUCUGAUGAAGUCUGGGUGGGUGUGGUCUACGGGCUGGCAGCUACCAUGAUUCAAGAGGGCCUGACUUGGGAGGGCUUCCAGACAGCUGAAGGCUGCUACCGUACCGUGUGGGAGCGCCUGGGUCUGGCCUUCCAGACCCCAGAGGCAUACUGCCAGCAGCGAGUCUUCCGCUCACUGGCCUACAUGCGGCCACUGAGUAUCUGGGCCAUGCAGCUAGCCCUGCAACAGCAGCAGCACAAAAAGGCCUCCUGGCCAAAAGUCGAACAGGGCACAGGACUAAGGACAGGGCCUAUGUUUGGACCAAAGGAAGCCAUGGCAAACCUGAACCCAGAGUGAGCCGUCUGAACUGUGGGAGGGAAGUGCUAACAGCCCAGCCUCCAGCCUGGCCUUUCCUCCUUCCCCUCUGAACCUCCUGCAGCCCUGAGCCAUCAGGACAAUCAUACCCCUUCCCUUCUCUCCACCCAACUGUGCCAGUAAAUGGGGGUUGAGGGUGACCUAGGCAGCAUUAGAAUCACUUAUUUAUUUCUUUCCUCACCUGUUCCCUGACUGCAUGGAAUGUUCAGGGAGGUCAGUUGAUUUCCCCAGGUACAUUCAUGGCGUGACAGACACAUGGGUACAAAUAAAAGACCCAGAAAGCCA